AUGGAUUUGAAGCCACAGCACCUACAGCAGCAACAAAUUCCACCCGCCGUAUCCGAAGGAGGAGGCGCCGCGAAACCCGCAACUUCGGAUCUGGAACCGGCUGGCGGCGCGCGGAAUGACGCCGCGUCGGCUCCUUCCGCCGCGGACGAUCGUGCGACGAGCCCUGUGCCGUCCGCCGCUACAGACGCUCGCGCGACAAGACCCGGCAGUGGCGGGGGCGAGCCCGCUACAGACGCGCGCGGGGCGAACGCCGCGGCGUCCGUUGCGCCCGAAUCCACCGCCGCGCACAGAGACGCUCCGCAACCGCACGCGCAGGCGCAGGCGCAGGGCUCCCCGCAGGGCGCGCUGAGUGUUCCCCACGCGCUGCUGUCGGACUUCGCGGAGACGGGCGUGCUGGAUCUGGCGCACGACCUCGGGAUUAUUCCCGCCUCCGCCCACGCGGAUGGGCCGAAACAGUCGCCUGUCACAGCAGCAGCAGGGGCAGCAGAAGAGAACCGCAUUGUUCUCUUCCCCUCUCUGUACCACCAACCAUUUUUGAGGCGCCUCAAAAGCAGGGGGCACAGCAGAGAAACGCACUGUCAGAGAUUCCCUUCUCCUUCUCCUCCCCCCUCUGUUCCCCCAACCCCACCCAACCUUCUCCCCCACGACCCCCUCGCUUCUGCAGUCUCCCCUCCCCCCAAGCCAAUACCAUCUGCUCUGCAGUCGCAACAGCAGCAGGGGCAGCAGGGAGCAGCAGGGGGGUGGGCGGAGACCUCUCUAGGAGGAGGAGUGGCAGGCGCAGGAGCUGGGGGCGCAGGGGGGGGGGGAGCAGGGGCGCGGUCAGUGGAGAGUGGGGACUCCACUGACCGUGGUCGCCUGGCGGGCGCUGCCCCCGCUGCUGCAGGGGGGAACGGGGGGGGUGGCGGCGGAGGGGGAGGAGCAGGGGGAGCAGCAAGUGGGGCAAUGUGGGGCCCCUUCCGAGAAUGUGGGGCCCCUUUCGAGAAUAUAUCUGAAGUGGCACAAGCAUCACUCGCUCCUUCUUCCCCCUCCUUUUCGUGCAUGGCAGUGUGUGAGAAGGUGGAAUCUAAAGGGCGCACCACGUACAAUGAGAGCACAGCAGGCCACAUCCCGUCUCUUAUCCACGCUCUGCUAAAUGGACCAGUAGCAGACGAGCUGGUGGCAGAGUUCACAGGGCUGCAAGGCACUGCCACCCUGCCGCAAGACCAGCAGUACGAUGAGAAGAACAUUCGGUGGCGGGUGUACGAUGCACCCCUCCGCUUUGUCCCCGCCAUCUCCCCUCUCUGCCCCAAAUCCCCUCUACCUGCGGUGAUGCCCUCCCUCCCCUCAAACCCCUUUCGGCAGCAGUACGAUGAGAAGAACAUUCGGUGGCGGGUGUACGAUGCACCCCUCCUCUAA